AUGUCGGUCUUGAUGCUCUCUGUCAGCUGUGUUCUUCUCUUUGGAGCUGAGCACCAGGGUGUUGGUGGCAGCGCUGAGGGGCCCCUCGCUGCCCCCGUCAUGGCAUCUGCUCUCACCGUCCUCUUCCUCGGCUGCUGGCUGGCCGGGUGCAGCGGGGUGUCGGGAGAGGGGUCCUACCCCAAACCCUCCAUCUCCGUCAGCCCCAGUGGGGUGAUCCCCUUGGGGGGAAACGUCACCAUCCAGUGUCGGCAUCAGCGCCUGGGCAUGAGGAUCCUCUUCUACAAGGCUGGAGAUGGGAAUUAUCUGACUUACACAGACCCUGCCGGCUCUGAGGCUGAAUUUCCCAUCACCAGCGCCAGACGGGAACACGGGGGCAACUACACCUGUCGUUAUAGCGAAAGAGCAGGAAACGUUACCUACUCGGAGACCAGCGACCCUGUGCAGAUCAUUGUGGGAGAGCCCAGCUACCCCAAACCCAGCAUCUCCCUGAGCCCCAGCACGGGGGUUUCUCUGGGGGAAGCCGUGGCCGUCUGGUGUCGGGGGCAGCACCAGGGCAUGCGGUUCGUGCUGAAUAAAGAGCGACGCCAUUUCCAACCUAUGGAUUCGGACGUGUUGGAGGUUGUAUUUCGCAUCAGCAACGUGAGCCGCGAGGACGGCGGGAGCUACAGCUGCUUUUAUCACAGGAAUUUGGUGCCGUUCAACGUGUCGUACCCCAGCGACCCCGUGGAGCUGGUGGUGAGAGAUCCCAGCUUACCCAGACCCUCCAUCUCCCUGAGCCCCACUUGGGUCACCGCCCGAGGGGCAGACGUCACCAUCCGGUGUCAGGGGCAGCGCCGGGACGUGAGGUUCUUCCUGCACAAGGCUCGAGACCGGAACCCGCAGCGACACAUGGACCCUGCUGGGGCCGGGGCCGAGUUCCGCAUCCCCAGGGUGGGCCGGCAGCAUGGAGGGAGCUACAGCUGCAGCUACCGGCCCCGGUCAGAGCCCUUCAUCUCCUCAGAGCCCAGCGACCCCGUGCAGCUGGUGGUAGCAGAGCCCAGCUACCCCAAACCCAGCAUCUCCCUGAGCCCCAGCGGGGGGGUCUCCCUGGGGGGAUCCGUGAGUGUCCGGUGUCGGGGGCAGCACCAGGGCGUGCGGUUCGUGCUGAAUAAAGAGCGACGCCAUUUCCCACCUGUGGAUUCGGACGGGUUUGAAGUUGUGUUUCCCAUCAGCAACGUGAGCCGGGAGCAUGGUGGGAGCUACAGCUGCUCCUAUCACAGCAAAUCGGCGCCGUUUGCCUUGUCGUACCCCAGCGACCCCGUGGAGCUGGUGGUGAGAGAUCCCAGCUUACCCAGACCCUCCAUCUCUCUGAGCCUCACUGGGGUCAUGGCCCCAGGGGCAGACGUCACCAUCCGGUGUCAG